UUUUUUGUUUUUUCUUUCUUUUUUAGGGACCUACCAACCAGGAUCACCAAGUAGCAAAAUUUAAUCUCCUGGUGAUUAUUUGUAGUGGGUUAAUGGUAAUUUUAUGUUGGUUGGAAGAAGGGAAGAAAGGAGGAGGACCCUUUUGAUAAGAGAGGUUAAGAUAGAUGGUUUUCCUCAGAUCCAGGAAACCUAUUUAUUUUAUGUGAAAAAAGGUUUCAUCUUUUUGGGCUUUCCUUGUGAUAUAGUUAGGGGUAGUUUUUCCUAUUUUCUAGGUUCUUUCCCAUGACCCUUUUGCUUUCUCUUCCUGGAUUUGUAGAAAAAGAUUAAAUUGCAGUCAUUUUCAUAUGAACAUGUAUAUAUCUUUUUUAUUUAUAUAAUAAGGAUUGGGUGUUGAGGAUAGGAUUGUUGUACCAGGAAGAAGAAGACUUUACUAACUUUUUAGUCCAUGGAAAAUCAAUUUACACGUGAAAGUACUAUACUUCGAUGAUUAGGUGAAUAGAUUUGUUUCUGCCCGUCAGAUCUGCUUCGUUUAGUUGAGGAUUAGCUGAAACUUAUCAUGAAUUUCUAAUCUUGGAUUUGUAAUUUGUACUUUAAUUUGGCUUUAGUUGUCAAAGUAUUGGUGGAUCUGUGGAGUAUAUUUGAACAUGUGUAAAAUUCCUCACUUGAUAUGGUUACCAUGUUUCAGUUUGGAUUUACUUUAAAGAAAAGUGAUAACUUUUUUCUAGGACUCUGAUGAAAAGGACUUAGGAUAGCCCUCCUAUAUAUACAAUAAUAGGAUUUAGGGAAUUGGUGGCAGAAAUCUAUGUUGGUAUGACUUUUGCAGUGGUUUUAAGAGUCUUUUCUGACACUUAUGAGCUUAUGUGUUAGCAUUGACUGAUGGUCAGCUUGUUUCUCAUGUAUCAACUUUGACUUUUACGUGCUUUUCUUUUGCUGGGCAAGGCCUUCCUUUGGAUUUGUCUGAUAGAAAUUCGAUAACUCUAACCUGGGCUCACUGCCGAAAAGAAUGAAGCACAUUAAGAAUUGUAAGGUUAUGCAAUGAAGAAAGAAAUGUAAGAGCUUAAUGGUAGAGAAAGAGGGGACUUGAUGGAAGAGAUGCCUUCGGCAGUUGCAAUGACAUUUAGCGUAGAUAAUCCUAUGUGUGAUAACUCUGGAAUCACAACCCACGUUGGGUUCACUCAGCUCAAGCUCGUAACUGAAGCUGGAAAUUUACCAUUAGAUCCUAGUAAGUUGGUGUCUGCUGAGUCUAUUUCAUGUGCCAAUGUUAGUUGUAAUGCUGCAAAGAAUACAGUUAGCAUGGUGACCAUGUCAACUCAAGGAGAGAAUGGAGGUGGGGCCGAUUUGUUUACUAUAUUGCCCGAGAAUGGAAAUAUUUGUGUGACCAGUGAUGUUAUGGUCCAAGUUAGCAGUGAUGAUGAAAUGGUAGCAGUUUGUGACAAUAAUAAUGGAAUUAUCAAGGAAGAGUUGGUAGCUUUAGGGGUGGGACCUGAAAUAAGCAUACCAGAUGUUGUAGAGAUUGAAAAUGUUGAAGAUGGUCAGAUUGUUGCUAAGGCUAUUAUCUUGGUGGAAUCAAGCAAUGGUAAGGUACCUUCUGGUGAAGUUAUUGUUGCAGCAGUGAGUCCUGCUUCGGAUAUUUCCAGCAAGUCUGACUUAGUGGCCUCCACACUGGUUAUUCAGUCACAGGGGGAGAGGAACUUCGGUAAAGGGAGCAGCCGAAGUGUUUUGGAACAGGACUGCAUCCCCCUUUGGGGUUCUGUUUCUAUUUGUGGAAGAAGACCGGAAAUGGAAGAUGCAGUUGCUGCUAUACCUCGGUGUAUAAAAAUUCCUAUCAAAAUGCUUAUCGGCAAUCAUAUGCUCAAUGAAACCAACCAGAAUUUGACCCACCUGAACAGUCAUUUUUAUGGUGUUUAUGAUGGCCAUGGUGGUUCUCAGGUUGCUAGUUAUUGCAGUGAGCGUAUCCAUUUGGCUUUGGCUGAGGAGAUAGAAAUGUGUAAUGAUGAUUUAAGCAAUGGAGAUGUUGGAGAAAAUCAACAAGUACUGUGGGAGAAAGCCUUUACUUCUUGCUUUCAAAAGGUAGAUGAUGAGAUUGGUGGAAAAAUUAAUGGAGAUGCUUCCGAUGCUACAAUUGAGCCUAUUGCCCCAGAAACUGUUGGGUCUACAGCUGUGGUUGCCUUAGUCUGUUCAUCACACAUCAUAGUUGCAAACUGUGGAGACUCAAGAGCAGUGCUAUGCCGUGGGAAAGAACCUGUCCCGUUGUCAGUAGAUCAUAAACCCAAUAGAGAGGAUGAAUAUGCUAGGAUUGAGGCAUCCGGAGGAAAGGUCAUUCAGUGGAAUGGUCACCGAGUUUUUGGUGUUCUUGCAAUGUCAAGGUCCAUAGGAGAUAGAUAUUUAAAACCGUGGAUAAUUCCAGAACCAGAAGUUAUGUUUGUCCCUCGAGCCAGAGAGGACGAGUGCCUUAUCUUAGCCAGUGAUGGUUUAUGGGACGUUAUGACGAAUGAAGAAAUUUGUGAAGUAGCCCGACGGCGGCUACUCCUCUGGCACAAGAAGAACGGUGUCACAGCUUUGGCAGACAGGGGUUUGGGCGCGGAUCUAGCAGCGCAAGCAGCAGCUGAGUACCUCUCAAUGCUAGCCCUUCAAAAGGGCAGCAAGGACAACAUCUCUGUGAUUGUGGUGGAUUUGAAAGCUCAAAGAAAAUUCAAGAGCAAAUCCUAAUGGAUUAAAAGUUCACCCAGCAUACUACUCUUAGAUAAGAAAAUCUAAUUCAUAUAUAUUGCUAAUGUCCAUUUGUUUUUUUUUUUCCUCUCUUGGGCUCAAAUUUGAUUUCUGAGUAAAGAAAUCUGUGUACUAUAAACAAAAAGAACUGUAAUGUGGAAUGCCAUAUGUGUUUUUGGUAUAUGCGUCAGCGUCAUGUUAAAGUUCCUUAGAUAUGUAAAUUUUGCUUGUCCUUAUUUAGUUCAAGAAAA